CGCCUCCCGAGCCCAAGCCCGCGGGGGCCGUCGGGCGAGGAAGGGGCGUGGACUCCCUCCUCCCGCCAGGAGACGCAUAGACAAUGAAGGCCUACCUCAAGAGCGCAGAGGGCUUUUUUGUCCUAAAUAAAAGCACCACGAUUGGAAAACAUGCGGACUCAGACCUCGUCUUACAGUCUUCGGACAUUGACAACCACCAUGCGCUUAUUGAGUACAACGAAGCAGAGGGCAGCUUCGUCCUGCAGGACUUCAACUCCCGCAACGGCACAUUCGUCAACGAGUGCCACAUCCAGAACGUGGCCGUGAAGCUGAUCCCCGGGGACAUCCUGAGGUUCGGCUCGGCCGGGCUGACCUAUGAGCUGGUCAUCGAGAACCCGUCCCAGGUCUCCUACGCCUGGGUGCGAGGCCCGCCCCCCUGGCCUGGGCAGCAGUCACCUCGGGCCACCCUCCCGCCAAACCACCUGUUCUCACCGCCACAUAUGCCCUUCCACCAUGGCAUCCGGCCAAUGCCGGUGCAGAGGAGCUGGUCCCAGGGCUUCCCCGGGCCCUCCAUGGUCCCGCCUGCCGCGUACCAGCGGCCGGUCAGCGCCGGCGGGAAGGUGUUCUUCACCAUGGACCCCAAGUCUCCUGUCAUCAAGCAAGUGUGGGCCAGCGCGGUGGAGCUGUCGGAAGAAACAGUGACUGAAGGGCCCCCUGGGCCUAUUCCUCCCACAGAGAUCUUUAUGGACCCGGAGCUGAGCCAGCAGGAAAAGGACGAGAUCAUCCUGCUCCUGGGCAGAGAGGUGAACCGGCUCUCAGAUUUCGAAGUCGAGUCCAAAUACAAAGACACGGUGAUCAUGAACCUGCAGCACGAGGUGUCCGACCUGAGCUACCGGCUGUCCGAGUCGACUGCCUGCAUGCUGAACGAGCAGGGUGCACCCAGCAAGGGCCCUGGGCCCAGCGAGGCCACUGACCUCAGCCAGAGUGAGAUCCAGAACCUGAAAAGCCAGAUCAAUGCCCUUCAAAAAGGCUACAGCGAGGUGCUGUGCCAAACCUUGUUGGAACGGAACACAGAAAUCACCUCCCUGAAGAAUGAGGGUGAGAACUUGAAGAAGGACAAUGCCGUCUCAUCCGAGAUGGUGACAUCUUUGCAAAAAGACGUGUUGGCGAAAACUGAGCAGACUCAGCAGCUGAAGGAGGAGGUCAACCAGCUGAAAAGCAAGAACAAGGAAAAGGACCAGCAGCUGGAGGCGCUGGGCUCCCGCUGCACAGAUCUGAAAGAAAAGUUAAGAAAGGAAGAGGUCCAAAAGGAGCACCAUGAAGCCCAGGAGAAAGAGUUAAAACUCUGCAAAAAUCAAAUACAAGACAUGGAGAAGGAAAUAAGGAGGCUGAGAGAGGAGCUGAGGAAGAACAGUUAUGAACAGAACACAAUCUCCAGGACCCUCCGUGAAAAGAGCAAGGUGGAAGAGAAACUUCAGGAAGAUUCCAGAAAGAAAUUGCUUCAACUGCAAGAAAUGGGGAACCGAGAGGGCCUCAUUAAAACCAAUUUGGAAAGGGCAGUAGGUCAGCUGGAGCACUUCCGAACCCAGGUCAUCAAAGCCAUCUUCGGGCGCACGAAGCCGUUCCAGGACAAGCCCAUCACCGACCAGCAGCUGAUGGAGAAGAUCAUGCAGAUCACCGAGGACAGCCUCAGCUUCCAACAGAGAAAGUGGAGCCUGCAGGAGACACCACCCAGCAGCUUCAAGCAGGAGGAGAUGGUGGAGGGUAUUGAGAAGCUGAGGACGCAGCUGGACAGCUGCCAGGCUUGCAUGAAAAGGUCUUGCCGUAGCAGUGACCUGAGACGGGAGCUGGACCUCCUCCGGUGCCUGGACAUGAGGCCACCUGUGUCCGGGCUUCACAAAAUCAGCCUGGAUGUGUUGAGCCUCUCCGUGUCCUGGGUGGAGGAAGUGGAGAAGCUCCUCAGUGAUAUGGGCAUCCAGCUCUCUGACACUGACAAAGGGUUCUCCUUGUAUCUGGUUUAUCUUCUGGAGCAUUAUAAAAAAAUUAAAAGCCAAACUAAGGAACUUCAGGUCAAGGUCAACAGUUCUCAGGAAGCACAGCAGUCUUUGCUGCAGGAAAAGCUGCGGGAGCACCUGGUGGAAAAGGAGAAGCUGAAUGAGGAGAAGCUAGAGCAGGAGGAGAAGCUGAAAACCAAGAUCCGGUUUCUGCAGGAAGAGAAGGCAGCUCUGGAGAACAGUGUCGCUCAGGAGAGAAGCAGAGCGAAGGAGGCGCUGGAGGCGGCUGAGGACAGAGUCCAGGAGCUGGAGAGCCGCCUGGCCUACCAGCAGGAGGCACUGGAAAACAGCGUGGCCCAGGAGAAAAGGAAGUCCAAGGAGGCACUAGAGGCUGAAAGGAGGAAAGUACAAGACCUGGAGAACCACCUGACCCAACAGAAGGAGCUCUUGGAGAACAGCAUCUCCUAUGAGAAACUCAAAGCAAAGGAGGCCUUGGAGAAGGAAAAGAAGAAGGUGCAGGACCUGGAGAACCGCUUAACCAAGCAGAGAGAGGAGAUAGAAUUGAAGGGGCAGAAAGAAGACAUCUUAAAUAAUAAAUUAAGUGACGCACUGGCCAUGGUGGAAGAGACUCAACAAACAAAGACAGUGGAAAGUCUAAAAGCAGAAAAGCUCUCCCUGAAAUUAAAUGAAACGUUAGCCGAACUGGAGACUGCCAAGACAAAAAUGAUCAUGAUGGAGGAGAGGCUGCGGCUGCAGCAGCAAGCCAUGAAGGCACUUCAGGACGAUAGGGAAGCCCAGAAGCAUGGAUUUGAAGAAGAAGUCCUGGAAUACAAGGAACAAAUCAAACAGCACUCGCAGACGAUCGUGAGUCUAGAGGAAAGACUCCAACAGGUCACGCUGCAGCAUAAGAAAAUAGAAGUGGAGAUUGCCACCUUGAGGAUCAAUGACCCAGGGCCAAAGGAGGAGGCGCCCCAGGAGCCCCUCAUGGCUCCCGUAUUGCAGGAGAGCGGCAAGGAGUUGGUGUGCGACAACUUGAUAGAUGACUUGCUGCUGGCUCAGAAGGAGAUCCUGUCUCAGCAAGAGGUCAUCAUGCGCUUGAGGAAAGACCUCAACGAAGCCCACAGCCGCAUGUCAGACCUGAGAGGGGAGCUGAGUGAGAAGCAGAAGAUGGAGCUGGAGCGAUAUAUGACCAUGGUCCAGCAGCAGAGCAAGGAGCUGAGCAUGCUCCGGAUGAAGAUGGUGCAGAUGAGCAGCAUGGUGGACAAGAAGGACAGGGAGAUCAGGAUUCUCAAGGAGGCACUCAGGGCUUCCCAAGACAAAACCGUACUCCAGCUGAGCAUGGAGAAGGACCCCAAGCCCCGCAAAGCCACCCAGAAAUGUGACAUCUCCUUACAGAUAGAACCUGUCCACCCAGACGUGUUCUCCAGCAGCCAAGAGGAACAAUCCUUCAGCGACCUGGGGGCAAAGUGCAAAGGAUCUCGCCAUGAGGAAGUCAUCCAGCGGCAAAAGAAAGCCUUGUCCGAACUCCGAGUGCGGAUCAAAGAAUUGGAGGCCAGCCUGCCCAAUCAUAAGGACCACCUGAGUGAAUCAGUUCUAGAAUUAAAGCCUCUCAGAAUGGAAAAAAACGUCCAGAAAAUAUUAUUAGACGCAAACCCCGAUUUUCCAGCUCUCUCAAGAAUAGAGAUGCAAGCGUCCCAGAAUGGCUACUCCAACUUAGGCUGCGGCUCUGUCAUGGAGAAGUCAGGGAAAUCGGAAGUGGCCGAAGCCUUAGAUCUCAGUGAAAAGCUGUACAUGGACAUGAGCCGGACCCUCGGGAGCCUGAUGAACAUCAAGGAAAUGUCAGGCCACGUGUCCAUGAGACACCUCUCCGCCAAGGAGAGGGAGAAAGUCCACCACCUCCGACAGAGGGACCUGGACCUGGUGUUUGAUAAGAUCACCCAGCUCAAGAUGCGGCUGCAGAGGAAGGAGGAGCUCUUGAAAAGUUACGAGCAGGACAUGGAACAGAUCAGACAGAGCAAAACGUCCACCCAGUCGUACCAGUCACAGCUGGCAAAGCUUGAGGACGACAUCUACAGAGAGGCUGAGGAGAAGGCACUGCUGAAGGAGGCCCUGGAGCGCACGGAGCACCAGCUGAGCCAGGAGAAGAGGCUCAACAGGGUCCUGAAGCAGCAGAAGGGACGUUUAGAGGAUCGUGAGCAGAAAAAUUCAAAAGACUCCACACCUUGCAACUGUCCCUUCAAAGAAAGCGAGAGGCAGAGAUACACAUUUGUAGAGAUGGUGAAGAACAAGAUGCAGAACUCGAACUUCCAGGUGAGCCGAGAGAAGGGGGAGACCAGGAAACCAAUUGACCCAAUCCCAUGUCUGCUAGAGACUAACCAUGCAGCUCACUGA